UGAUAACGCAAUUGUUUUUCUGAAGAUGUCACAUAAUAAUAAUCAACGAAAUCAUAAAUCAAGUGUUUGGCCUAAAUUGAGGUUUGAGAGACAUAUAAAUCCGUAGUAUAUCAGAAUCAAAUUGAGUAGUGAGUGAGAAGCUGGAAACAACCAUGCAAUUUUUAAUACCCGUCGUAAUACUGUGUGUAUCAUUGGUGGAUAGCCAAAAAGUGCUGUACAAUAAUGAGAUCGGCUAUAACAAUGGGUACUACUAUGCAUUCUGGAAAGAUAGUGGCAGCGCUACCUUCACCCUAGAAUCAGGCGGUCGCUACGCUGGAAAUUGGACCACUAGCACCAACAACUGGGUAGGCGGUAAAGGCUGGAACCCCGGCAGCAGUUGGCGGACAGUGAACUAUUCGGGUUAUUACGGCAUCAACGAAUAUGCCAACUCUUACCUGUCACUCUACGGCUGGACCACCAACCCCCUGAUAGAGUAUUACGUGGUGGAGAGUUACGGCUCUUACAGCCCACUCAACUGCCCAGGAGGCACUGACGAAGGCAGUUUCACCAGUGGGGGUGCCACUUAUCAAGUUCGCAAAUGCAGGCGCACCAAUGCACCUUCGAUCAUCGGAACCCAAUCCUUCGAUCAAUAUUUCAGCGUGCGAACCCCGAAGAAGGGGUUCGGUCAGGUGUCCGGCUCAGUCAACUUCGCCGACCACGUGCAAUAUUGGGCGAGCAGAGGCUUGCCAUUGGGCACUCAUGCGCAUCAGAUAUUUGCCACAGAAGGCUAUCAGAGCAGUGGUUUCGCUGAUAUCACCGUGAGCUAAGUUACCAGCACUGGUGCAAGCAGAAGUAUAUGAUGAAUAGAGAAUGAAAUGUUCAUUAAUGAAAAUUUUGAAAGAUUAUAUUAAUAUAUUCCGUAAACACACUGCAAAUCAUUUUCAAUGGGAAUCUUGGUGGAUGUUCACUGAAAAAGAUGUGAAUUUUCAUUCAGGAAGGGUAGACUCUUCUUAGAAUUCAUAUAUCCAUAUAAUUGAAAUAUCGAUCAUCAUUCUGCAUUAUGAAUCAGGGUGGAUAACGGAUUUUCGAAUUCUGAAUUUUUGUGUCCUUCAGGCUCGUUUUUCUGAGAUUCCAUUCCUCGAAGAUUUUCAUGAUUCUACCAUACAGAUAUAAUUCCAAUAAUUAAUUGAAUGAUUGAGAUGAAAAAUCCACCCUUCUUGUGUGGUUUCCACAGAACUAUCGUUUCAAAUCCAUAUCCAGCGUGGUAAUAGCCAG